AUGUCGACGAGCGAUGCCCCCCAGCCAGUGAAGCUAUCACUUCCGCUGGAAUAUCAGCAAGAUCUGUUCCAGGAACUCCGCGCCGAAGAUGAAGUGGUCAUCCUUGCACGCGGCCUGGGGCUGAUGCGCAUCAUCACCAACCUGCUCCACUCAUAUGAUGCCGCCGGAAACAACUUGAUCGUCGUGGUUGGCGCAGAGGAACGCGAAAAUGGAUGGAUUGGUGAGGCGCUGGCUGAGCAUGCAGCCAUCAGUGCUGCGGCCAAAGCUCGAGGAUUGACCGUGGUAAACACGGACUUCCAAAGCGUAGGCGCGAGGGAGAAGAUGUAUGCUGGCGGCGGCAUAUUCAGCAUCACCUCGAGAAUACUGGUCGUUGAUUUGUUGACGGGGCUCCUGGCUCCCGAGAGUAUCACAGGUCUCGUGGUACUUCAUGCGGACCGGGUCAUUGCGACAUCCCUAGAGGCGUUCAUCUUACGAGUCUAUCGACAGAAGAACAAGGCCGGCUUUUUGAAGGCUUUUUCUGACAAUCCAGACCCCUUCACCAUUGGGUUCUCCCCGUUAUCUGCGAUGCUGCGGAACCUCUUCCUCAAGAAAGCAUCCCUUUGGCCCCGAUUCCAGGUCACUGUUGCGAGAUCGUUGGAGGGCAGGAAGAAGGCCGAGGUCAUCGAGCUGGAGGUGCCCAUGACGGACCACAUGAAGGAAAUGCAGACGGCAAUCAUGGAGUGCGUAGAGGUCAGCAUCCACGAGCUGAAGAAAGGCAACACGGGACUCGAGAUGGAAGACUGGAAUCUGGACAGCGCCUUGCUCAAGAACUUUGAUACCAUGGUUCGACGGCAACUCGAACCCAAUUGGCAUCGCGUAAGCUGGAAGACGCGGCAGAUUGUCAACGACUUGACCGUCCUUCGAGGUCUCCUCAAUAGCAUCCUCACCUACGACGCGGUGUCCUUCUUACAGCACCUCGAUACCAUCCAUGCAGCGCAUUCGCCUCCGCCCGGAUCAACACGACAAAACCAGUCGCCGUGGUUGUUCCUCGAUGCUGCGCAGACAAUCUUCGACACUGCUCGUCGACGAGUCUACGCGGCAAGGCCCACUAAGAAAAUCAGCGAGGAGUCCAACAUUGAUGCUCUGGAACCCGUCCUGGAGGAGCUCCCAAAGUGGGCACAACUUGCCGACGUUCUUGAAGAAAUAGACCGCGACCUCUCUUUCGAUCCUGUGCCGCGAGAUGAUUCCAACGGCACCAUCUUGAUCAUGUGCUCAAGCCACGACACGUGUAGGCAGCUGCGCGACUAUCUGCAGCACAUGCAUGUCAAGCCGAAGAAGGGGAAUUCGAACUCGGAAGAGGCCGAAGACAUGGGAGACGAGGAUAAACCCUCAGCGACGUUCAUCAUGAGGCGGAAGCUCCGAAACUACCUCAGAUGGAAGAGUCAGUUUGCGCAAGUCAGUCAGACGCUCUUUGCCGAGAAUCAGCAAGCCCUGCGCAGUGCGGCCGACCCCCGCCCCAGCCGUGGCGGCAAACCUCCGAACAAGAGACGGCGCGUGCGAGGUGGUGGCAAUGCUGGAGCUAUGAUGGGACGAGCGGACAAUGGCAGCAUCCAGCAGUAUUUCGAGAAACCGGGCGAAGUAGCAGACUUGAUGGCGGAGGUCCAAAUCACCGAGGAGGAAGCACAGCAGAAGCCUGAUAUUGUCGCCGACCCAUUGGACAACAUGGACGACUUCUAUCAACUGUUUGAUAUGCAGGAUCUGGUUGCCGUUCACGCCUAUGACGGCGACCAAGAUGAGCACGUUCUUGAAGAGAUCAAGCCUCGCUACAUCAUCAUGUACGAGCCCGACGCUGCUUUCAUUCGACGUGUGGAGGUCUACCGCUCGUCGCACAACGAUCGCAACGUGCGAGUGUACUUUAUGUACUAUGGUGGUUCUAUCGAGGAGCAAAGAUACCUGUCCACCGUCCGUCGCGAGAAGGACGCCUUCACCAAGGUCAUCAAGGAGCGUGCUACCAUGUCCGUCGUCAUGACUGUCGACAGCCACGGGGCUGAAGAUCCCCAGGAAGCCUUUCUCCGGACGGUCAACACCAGGAUCGCGGGAGGUGGACGACUCGCAGCUACGGCCGAGCCGCCCCGUGUGGUCGUAGACGUGCGCGAGUUCCGGUCCUCGCUACCCUCCCUUCUCCACGGGCGUUCCAUAGUCAUUGUCCCCUGUAUGCUGACAGUAGGCGACUACAUCUUGUCGCCCAACAUCUGCGUGGAACGAAAGUCGGUCAACGAUCUCAUUUCCUCCUUCAAGGAUGGCCGACUAUAUAACCAGGCCGAGACAAUGUUUCAGCACUACAAGAGCCCCAUGCUCCUUAUCGAGUUUGACCAGAACAAGUCUUUUACUCUGGAACCGUUUGCCGAUCUGUCUGGUAGUAUCAGCAGCGUCAACCCCGGCAAUGUGUCGAAUGACUUGCAGUCGAAGAUUGUGCUUCUGACGCUCGCAUUUCCCAAGUUGCGCAUUAUCUGGUCGUCUUCGCCUUAUCAGACAGCCGAAAUCUUCGAGUCCCUCAAAGCCCAGGAGCCAGAGCCGGAUCCCAUCACGGCAGUUCGCGCAGGGUUGGAAAAGGACCAAAACGCCGAGGACCAGGCGUUCAACCAAGAGCCGCAGGAGAUGCUGGGCAUAGUGCCUGGGGUGACACCUCAGAAUAUAAAAAACAUUGUCUUAGAGACGGAGAACAUCCGGGAGGUUGCCAAUAUGUCCGAGAAAGAACUCGAACCUUUUGUAGGUCAGACAGCAGGCAGAAAGAUUCAUGGAUUUUUCAAUCGCAAUGUCAUGGAGGAAGUAAAUGAUUAG